AUGGAAGAUAGUUUUCUCCAAACCGAGAACUCUGUUAUGGACACUGAGUUCAUGGAUGGAUUGCUACUAGAUGGUUGCUGGUUAGAAACAACAGAUGGAUCUGUUAGCCCUUUUGAUCCAUCUUCCUUCAUGUGGCCUCCAACUCAAGAUACAUCAUCUAUCUGCACACAAGAACUAGUAUCUCAGGUGUAUGAUCAGGAUUGUGCUAGUCUUGAUGAGUUUCAAUGGAGCAAAAGUUGGUGGAUUGAACCAGGAAGUGGUGGUUGUUCGGUUAAAGAGAGACUGGUUCAAGCAGUUGAACACAUUAGAGAUUACACAACAGAGAGAGGCUCACUUAUACAGUUAUGGGUUCCGGUUCACAGAGGUGGUAAGAGAGUUUUAACCACAAGAGAACAACCUUAUAGCCACGAUCCUACGUGUCAGAGACUCGCAAACUAUAGAGAGAUCUCUGUGAACUACCACUUCUCUGCUGAGCAGGAUGAUUCCAAGGCCUUAGCUGGUUUGCCUGGAAGGGUUUUCUUGGGGAAGCUUCCUGAAUGGACUCCUGAUGUUAGGUUUUUCAGGAGUGAGGAGUAUCCGAGAGUCCAGCACGCUCAGGACUGCGAUGUCCGUGGAACGCUGGCUAUUCCGGUGUUUGAGCAAGGGAGUAAGGUUUGCUUGGGUGUUAUUGAAGUUGUAAUGACCACAGAGAUGGUUAAAUUAGCACCUGAGCUUGAAAGCAUUUGCAGAGCACUUCAGGCAGUUGAUCUUAGGAGCACUGAAGUUCAGAUUCAGCCUUCUCUAAAGGGAUGUGACUUAUCCUACAAAGCUGCAUUACCUGAAAUCAGAAACCUCUUGAGAUGUGCUUGUGAGACACAUAAACUCCCUCUAGCUCAAACAUGGGUCUCUUGUCUCCAUCAAAGCAAAACUGGGUGCCGUCACAACGAUGAGAACUACAUCCAUUGCGUGUCAACCAUUGAUGAUGCAUGCUAUCUUGGUGAUCCAACAGUCCGUGAGUUUCAUGAAGCAUGCUCUGAGCAUCACCUCUUGAAAGGACAAGGAGUUGCAGGACAAGCCUUCUUGACCAAUGGACCUUGCUUUUCACCUGAUGUCUCUAACUACAAGAAGUCCGAGUACCCUCUCUCUCACCAUGCUAAUAUGUUUGGUUUGCAUGGCUCGGUUGCAAUACGCUUACGUUGCAUCCACACGGGAUCUGUUGAUUUCGUCUUGGAGUUCUUUUUGCCUAAAGACUGUGAUGAUGUAGAGGAACAGAGGAAAGUGUUGAAUGAUCUUUCUACUAUUAUGGCUCAUGUGCCUAGAAGCUUAAGGAUUGUUACAGAUAAGGAGAUAGAAGAUGAGAGUGAAGUGAUAGUGACGCCAAAGAUAGAGAACACAACGGAACAAACCUCAUGGAGCACCUCCCUUGAAGAAAUCCAGCAGAGUUAUAAUAGUAAUCCUCAGAAUCUUGGAUUAGUAUUUGACGUGGGAGACAAGCUAAGUGAGGUAUUUGACUUGAAAAGAGGUUUUGGUUAUACCAAAGAUUCUAAUGUCAAUGAGAGCACCUCUUUCUCCAGUGGUGAGGUCGAGAAAAGGCGUACAAAAGUAGAUAAGAGCAUCACAAUGGAUGUUCUUCGACAGCACUUCGCAGGGAGUCUGAAAGAUGCAGCCAAGAGUAUCGGUGUGUGUCCAACGACUUUGAAAAGAGCAUGCAGGCAACAUGGUAUACAGAGAUGGCCUUCAAGAAAGAUCAAGAAAGUGGGACAUUCUCUUCAGAAGAUCCAACGAGUGAUUGAUUCUGUUGAAGGUGUUUCAGGUCCUCUUCCCAUAGGCACCUUCUACGCAAGCUUCCCUCACUUAACUUCACAGGAACCAUCAAAAGAAGCCAAAGCCUUGCCUCCUCGGCCACCAUUGCAGCUUUCAAAGUCACCUGUUUCCCCAUACAGUCACAGUUCAAGCUCCAGCCAAUGUUGCUCCAGCGACACAACAACAACAACAACAACAAAUCUUUCCCAAGCUGAUGUGGGAGAUGUAUUAACUCUCUCUGGUUUAGAAAACAUCCCUCACUUGUUGUCAUCAUCUCAAGAUGAUGAGUUUCUAAGGAUUAAAGUUAGCUAUGGAGAAGAUAAGAUCAGGUUUCGGAUGCCGAACUCACGCAGGUUAACUGAUCUACUCUGGGAGAUAGGGAAGCGGUUUAGCAUAGAUGAUAUGAGCAUGUAUGAUCUUAAGUACUUGGACGAAGACAAUGAAUGGGUUUUGCUGACUUGUGAUGAUGAUGUAGAAGAGUGUGUCGAUGUCUGCAGAGCCACACCAAGUCAUACCAUUAAGCUUAUGCUUCUUGUUUCUUCAGCCACAAGUUACAAUUCAUGGCAAUGA